GAUAAGAAUGAUUUGUUUGUAAACAGAAACUGAAAGUAAUGUUCCUCAGGUGUACUCACUUUCUCUGUCUCUUUUAUUCUUAUUUUUUGUGUAACUUACCUCCGGUUUCAGCAUGAUUUAGAUAGCUCAAUUAGUUUCACAAUGAAACCAUCAAAUUGUGCGCUUAAAGUUAACCUUUCACCAUCGUUUUCACUGUGGAAGCAUCACAACCCGAUGUAGCAUUAUCCGAUCCGUAAUGAUUCGGUUUUUAGUAUUCAGUUAGUUGCUUGCCUUCGCAAUUUUUCCGGCGCUGAAGUCUCCAGCAAACCACUUAAAAUUUUUCAAGAUGUGUGUUGGCCCUUUCAGUAAGCUGGGACAUUGGGGUCCAAUCGCUGUGAUAUGUAUCAUUAAGUUAAUUACGUUCACAACAUUCUACUGCACCAGAAUGUGGUGGCCACCAACUGGUUCACUGAGUGGAUUCUUAAAUAUCUCUUGUUUCUUAAUAUUCAGUGGUCUGGCUUUCUACAACUUUCUGAAUGCUGUCAUCGAAGGUCCAGGAUUUCUACCUCUCAAAUGGAAACCUGAAUCUCCAAGGGAUGAACAGUUCCUACAGUAUUGUGAAGCAUGUGAUGGUUUCAAAGCUCCCAGGUCCCACCAUUGUAGAAAAUGUGCUAGGUGUGUCUUGAAAAUGGAUCAUCACUGUCCAUGGAUCAAUAAUUGUGUUGGUUACGCUAACCAUGCUCAUUUCACUUUAUUCUUGUUCUUUGCUGUCUGUGGUUGUUUUCACUCGACAGUUCUUCUUGUUAUCUCCAUCUACAAGGGUCUGAAUCGGCGGUGGUAUUUGUUGUAUCGACCAUCAGAGCCUGUGAUGGAACUUACAAUGAUGAAUUUGCUGUUUGGAGUAUUUUCCUUAGGACUUUCAAUUGGUGUCGUGCUGGCAGUAGGAAUGUUACUUCAAUUCCAGCUUCGAACAAUUUUGACUAAUCGCACUGGGAUUGAAGAAUGGAUUUGUGACAAAGCGAAACAUAGGCGACGCGAUAAAAAAGACCCUCCUUUCAUCUACCCGUAUGAUUUGGGCAUGAAGAAAAAUUUCCUUCAAGUCAUUAACUGGAAGUGUGAACCUGUUGGGGACGGAAUUCAUUGGCCUGUUUUGGAAGGAUGUGAUCAGUACACAUUAACAGUUGAACAACAGAGACAAAAGAUAAUCAAAAGGCUGCACACUAGACCAUACACUGUUCUCAAAAAAUUUGAUGGAAGUUGGUUCCCGUGUCGCCAUGGUGUGUGUACUCUCUGUAGGCCUCCGUUCUCGGAUGAGGCAAGAAUUCCUUUAGAAGUGGGACAAACAGUAUCUGUUACCCGGUGGAAAAAAUACUGGUUAUUUGGUGAAGUCUCAACGCAAGGAAAUAAAAGAAUAAAAGGAUGGUUUCCUAGUAAUUGUGUAGUUCCUGUCACUUUUAUCGAAGAAGAAGACACAAAGCAAGAUGGUAAACAAGAUGAUAAAAAAACAAACUGACGGUAAUUUUUGCACAAAAUGUCAUCGUUUCGAUUUAUUGCUAUUACUUGUUCAACACUUUCCUGUUUGCCCUUGGCUGAAUCAAAUUGAUGAACAGUUUGAUUUGGAUAACUUUGAAUGAAAGUGUCAAAAAUAGUUCUUGGGUGAAGUUUUUUCUUUUUGGAUAAAUUCAUCGAAAGUAGAGUUCUUAGUUCUCUUGAAUUUUCCUUUUUAUUAUUAACUUUUAGAAAUGAGUGCCAAAGUAAUGAACAAAAAUUCAAGGCUUUCAGAAACCCCUCUGAAACCUGUGUGGAACUUGUUUCGCUCUUUCCCCUCAAAUUGCUUCCAACCCAGUGCAAUCUUCCUUACAAUUUAGGUACAUUCCUUUCUUUCUUCAAAGUCUUUUCUCUUUAAUUCCAAAUAAAAAUUGAAGACUUUUUGUAAGGAGCGAGGUAGGUAAAACAAAAAUCAGUUAGAAAGAGGAUAAUGUAGCUAGUUUUUCAUAGUCUCUCUUUCAAUAAGGACAAUUAAACUGAUAUUGCCGUAGAUUCUGGAAAUCUAAUGAAAUGCAUAGUUUUCUAUACCUUGCAGAGCCGUAUUUUCGAUUUUGCCACCCCCAAACUUCAAGAGAAAUCACCUUUCUUCCCUAUUUGAUUUUCAAUUGUGUGUGACUUUACUGUAUUGUGUAGCACCUCGUUUCCACAAUUUGCUGCUAGGAACUUGAGUUUCCUACAAAUUCCACUUUAAGUCCGACCUUGUUACUUUGUCUAAUGUAUUUUCUUAAUUUUGUUGUAUGAUUAUUUAUUUUGAACUUUUCAUGUAAGGAUAUUCCGUCCCAAGAUCCAGGCAAAGAAAAAGUGCUAAGUUCUUCUUUUCGGGCACAAAAAUAUUAACCUGUCUGGCACAGCGUGUGCGAAAACGUUGUCACAACGCUGUGUCUUAAAAAUAUCAUUGUUACGGCGUGACAAGGUUUUCGUACAUGUUUUACUGGGCAGGAUAAAAGCUUAUAAUGAAAUAUUAAUCCUAGACCCUAUCUUUGUAAUAUGUGUCCUGCCUCAAUAUUCUAAUGUACAAAUAAUACGCUGUUUCUUUUCAAAACUUAGAUUCCGCAAUAUGAACAUAUGUCUGACAAACGGAACCAUGUGCAUUAAGCCUUGAGCUGUGAGAUCCGCAAGAAUAUAUGCAUAACAAGGCUCACAUUAAAAUGCACACAGUUCCGUUUGGCAGAAAUAUGUCCUUGUAGUAAAAUAAAGACAAUGGAAAAUUUUGAAAACAUAUAAUGCUUACCAACUAACCUCAGAAAUUCAGACUAUAGUGCUGACCAAGCUCCAAUACCCAACCAUGGUGUAAGCAGCGUAAAUUGCUCAUCGGAUGUGCUUAUUGCAUAAAUUGCUGAUGCUGCUCUCAAGACCCUUGAAGGUAAAAAUUAACUAUGCUUCUCGUGAAAUGAUCUGAGGUUUGUGGAGAAUUUCAGCGACAAGGGAUGGUAGCUUGGUGAGUCAUCCCUGUAAUUGCUAGAGUUAUAGUUACUUUUAAAUUAAUUGUAAUCAACGAUCAAACUAGACUUAAUUUAAAAAUCACCACCUUUUUUCCCCGUUCUGAAUUAUUCUAUUUUGAUGGUGAAAUGCCACCGAUUUCAUGUCAUACUUUAAUUUAUCAGUUGAGAACUGUUGUAAACCAAGAUUUGUGAAUUUCACCCUUGAUGUGAUUUGCUCAGGUCGUCGAAAGUAUACAGGUCUCCCUGAAGAGUUAAUACUUAUAGUCACGUUCUUUCUAUUGAUGUUUUUCUUGUUACUUCUCUUCGAAUUCAUUUUGUAAGUAUUGAAAAUGAUAACGAAAUUUCAGCGCGUGAAAAAAUUUGA